AGUGACAGCCCAGUAUGACAUUCGAGUAGGUUUUGCUUUACACCUUGCUGUACAACCAAACGGGGAUCCCAAAAAAAACCGAGCUAGAUCAAAAAACCAACGCGAUGUAUGAUUGCUGCCCCGUGUGCCUGGGCCGGCUGCGCCGGCAGGUGAAGACCCCGUGCAAGCACACAUUCUGCAAGAACUGUCUUUGCAAGGUCUACAGACAGAGUCCCACCAAGGCGUGUCCUCUCUGCCGGGCGCCCUUGGAGUACUACAUCAGCAAGCGGAACAAUACAAUAAAACUAGUUUUCUUUUCGUAAGGGCAGCCAACAAAUUUUUAAGUGACCCACAGAGUUUGUGUUUUCUUGUUGCGUUUGAAAUUAUUUCUUGUUGUAUUUUAUUUAAUUUGUUUUUAAAAGAAUAGUAGUCCAUUUAAAAUAGGGGUAUAAAAAACGAAAAAAUAUUUUUAAUGCCUCAAUGCUAAGAAACUCAAAUAUAUCAACUUAGUGCUAGAAUGGCUUGACUUAAGCCUUCAGGGUCUUAUGCAGCCAAGUACAACAAUCGAUUGGAGACUUGUCCUCCCUUUUUUCCGUUUCUCGCUCAAAUAUUCCAUGCACAUAUUGCAAUAUUGAAUGCUCGGCCUGCGGCGGUACAAGGCAGGAACGUGAGGAAGGACACGCCCCCACUGCUCCUCGGGUAUCUGGGAUAUAGUCGAUGAUGAUGAUGAUGAUGAUGAUGAUGAUAAUGAGGAUGAGGAUGAGGUUGGUGGCGCUGCACAUACAGCACGCGCACACUUCCACAUAGAGAAUGAAAAGCGAGCUCAACUACGGGGGGAAAUAGAAUAAAACUCGCAAUGACAAGCAAAGGAUUUCAAUCGCUAUGCGGCUUGGCUCCACUUAUGUACAUGUAUAGUUAUAUAUCUUCCGAUCCAUGUGCUUUAUGCUUCAUUAUGACAGGGCAAGGCCAGCGAAAUAGUGGACAGGCAUUGCGCAUACGCCGCGUUGUGCGAUUGCGAUUUCGAGUGCUCAGCGAUGCGGAAUCGGAGCGGCAGUAAAAAAUCGGUGCCGUAAAUCGAAUAAAAGUGCAGCAAACCCCAUUAAAUUUUUUUUCCGCUUUUCCCCCUGCAACUGCACUUAAUUGUGGCGGCAAAUUAAAUUUUUACCCAACUGGGUCAAGAGAUUAAGGGAGCAUAUGUCGAGCCACGUCCAGCAUACGCCAUGUUGGCCAGUCCAAUUAGGAAGGCAAUUCGAUGGACGCCGAGGCAAAGUUAUUACAUAUCUGUGGUGUUCGCAACUUGCCCGGGGAGCUUAUCAUUAGCAAUUGGCCAGGACCUAUUUUUUGCACAGCCAUCCUAGCCCUUUUGUGAUUUAUGUCUUCGUCAUUGGCCAACAGGAUGCUGGAUGGCUGGGAAACAGAGGAGCUGAGGGGUUGAGCCUGGCUUCUACGCAGUUCUGCUGACCUGACAGCGGCGGCAACAGUUUCCGCUUUUAUUUAUGGCUCCGAGGAUUCCCAUUUGGGCAUUGCAUAACUUGGCAGCAGGAAACCGAUAAGUGGUUGGACAUUCACUUGAGAGAUGGCUCAUGGCUCACUCUUCCUAGCACUUCCUGCAGCCUCAGUUUCCCCAAGAGAAAAUCAUAAAUUUCCAUCUACUUUCAUUAUAUGUGAUUUUUGCCGUGAAAAGUUUUAAUUAUAAAAGUUCGGGGCAAACGCUGCGGCAAGCACAUAGAACAAGAAAUACGACAUGCCGCAAUGCCAGAAAUCGGCAGAAACAAAGGGGUGAAGUGAAUUUUCUAUAGCUCAGCCCGACCUCGAUUCCCCAGACAUCUUCAUCAUAAAUCCGGAGGGUAAACAAGGCCAGUGAAAACUAAUUAAUUGACUUUACUGGCGCCGGCCAUCGAUUUUAUGCGUUUCCAUUCGACAAAUACGGCUCCAGGUUGUCAUUUUAAAUCAGAGGAAAUUAGCAAGCAUUAAAAUGUACAAAUUUUUAGAGAAAAUGCAA